AUGAAAUUUGGACUGUCGACUCUCCUCUCCGCUCUUUUAUUCUCCUCCGCGUUGGCCCAGCGCAUUAGUAUCGGCUGCCCUACAGAUGGAGCGUCCGUCGCUGCAGGAUCAAAUAUCACCGUUGAAGUGGACCGUCCUAACUCCCUCAGUGGCUCCACGGAGGUCGCCAUCGUCAUCGGUUUGAAUCCCUGCCAGAACGGAAACUGUUUACCCGCUAGCGACAUCCUCGGCCAUAUUCUCUACAAUGGACCCUACGACCCGAACUACAGUCAGACCGCAUUUUUCAAGCCACCUCACCAAAACUUCACCGUGACCAUUCCACCUGAGGUACAGCCCGGCCUAGCGCAGCUGGCUGUUUUCCACGUCUCCUUGAUUGGGGCCGGACCUGCUCCAUUUACUGAGAUCCAGAACGUCACCCUUCAUGUUCAAUGA